CCCCCCUAUUUGUACCUCCAGUCUUGGGAGAGGCUUGCAACUAUGACGCCUCCACAGAGUUACGGCUGGGAGAGGCUUGCAAAUAUAACAUCUCCACACAGUUACAUUUUGAAUUCAGCCUCGGCAGUCUACGCCUUAUAUGUGCCCCAGAUUCCGGGAGCUGGCUCCGCCAUUUAG